CUACAGCUGUUGUUGGUGGUGUUCUUGUCUCAGGCUGAGGAGCCAGUGUGCAGGCGGAGAGGAGAUCCUGAGAACCCUCAACUAUACAAGGACGGAGACAUUGUAUUGGGGGGAAUGUUCUCUUUCCACAGCAGGUGGAAAGACAGACAGGAUACCUACAUGCACAAACCUCUGCCACUGGAAUGCACCAGUUUAAAUUUCAGAGAGUUCCAGUUUGCUCAGGCCAUGCUUUUUGCCAUUGAGGAGAUAAACAACAGCACAGACCUCCUGCCGGGCGUCUCUCUCGGCUAUAAAAUCUAUGAUACUUGUGGCUCCAUUGCCAGAAGUGUAAGAGUUGCUCUAGCUUUGGCUAAUGGUAAUGAAAUUGUGUCUGCACCCUCUGAGGAACCGUGUACCAAACCUGCACAAGUGCAGGUCAUAAUGGGAGAAUCCUCGUCCUCUCCUUGCACAGCGACAGCUACUGUCAUCGGACCCUUGCAUAUUCCAAUGAUCAGCCACUUUGCCACAUGUGCGUGUCUCAGUGACAAAACCAAGUACCCAUCCUUCCUCAGAACGGUUCCCAGCGACUACUACCAGAGCAGAGCCCUGGCCCAGCUGGUCAAGCACUUUGGUUGGACUUGGGUUGGAGCGAUUAGAACUAAUGAUGAUUAUGGCAAUAAUGGCAUGGCGACAUUCACAGAAGUUGCACAACAGCUGGGCAUCUGUCUGGAGUACUCCGUGUCUUUUUUUAGAACAGAUCCAUCAGACAAGAUACAAAAGAUAAUUGAAAUUAUCAAGGCAUCAACCUCCAAAGUAAUUGUUGCAUUCCUCUCCCACAUGGACAUGGAUGUGCUAAUACAUGAGCUGUCCCACCACAACCUGACAGGAUACCAGUGGGUCGGCAGUGAGUGCUGGAUCUUUGAUUCGCAAACAGCAGCAACAGAUAAGCAUCACAUCCUGGAUGGUGCCAUCGGCCUUUCAAUUCCCAAAGCGCACGUCAGCGGCCUGAAGGCUUUCAUGAUGAAUGUGAAGCCGCUGAAUUCAUCUAACAAUGAAAUGUUCACAGAGUUCUGGGAAACAUUAUUUAGCUGUAAAUUCAAGCAUUCAAAAUCAUCAGCAGAGAUUCAGAGAGACUGCACUGGACAGGAAGAUCUGACGGGAGUUAAAAACAGCUUCACUGAUAUGUCACUCAUGCCGAUAUUUAACAACGUCUAUAAAGGAGUGUAUGCGGUGGCCCAUGCACUUCACAGCAUUCUGAGAUGUAAUGAAACCUGCAACAAGAAUGUACAACUAGAUCCAAUCACGAUUUUACAACGCAUUCAAAAGAUUCACUUCAAAACAAAGGAAGGAGAUGAAGUCUACUUUAAUGAAAAUGGAGAUCCGGCAGCAAAGUAUGAAAUUAUAAACUGGCAGCCAAGAGGAGACGGACCUGUAGACUUUGUCACAGUUGGUCUUUAUGAUGCAUCAUUAUCUGCAGACAAACAGCUGAAUCUGCAAAAUACUUCUUUAAUUUGGGCACAGAACUCUCAGCAGGUGCCUGUGUCAGUUUGCAGUGAGAAAUGUCCCCCAGGAACCCGAAAGGUUCUCCAGAAAGGAAAACCUGUGUGCUGUUAUGACUGCAUCAGAUGUGCAGAGGGAGAAAUCAGCAACAUCACAGAUUCUGUCACCUGUGUGAGAUGCCUCCCUGAAUUCUGGUCAAAUGAGAGAAGAGACACCUGUAUAAAGAAGGAGGCAGUGUUUCUGUCAUCUGAAGAAAUUAUGGGAGCUCUGCUUACGGCAGCAUCUUUAUUUGGAACAUGCAUGACUGCGGUUGUGGCAUUUAUUUUCUUCAAAAACAGAAAAACUCCAAUCGUCAGGGCCAACAACUCUGAGCUGAGCUUCCUGCUGCUCUUCUCCUUGACUCUGUGCUUCCUGUGCUCUCUGACCUUCAUCGGCCAGCCCUCUGAGUGGUCCUGCAUGCUGCGACACACAGCGUUCGGCAUCACGUUCGUCCUCUGCAUCUCUUGUGUUCUGGGGAAAACGAUGGUGGUGUUAAUGGCCUUCAGGGCAACUCUUCCAGGCAGUAAUGUGAUGAAAUGGUUCGGGCCUGCACAGCAGAGACUCAGUGUUCUGGGCUUCACUCUCAUACAAAUUGUCAUAUGUAUCGUCUGGUUAAUAGUUUCUCCUCCUUUUCCAUCAAUGAAUUUGAAGGAAUUUAAAGAUAAAAUCAUCUUAGAGUGCGCUCUGGGCUCAGCGGUAGGCUUUUGGGCUGUGCUUGGGUACAUUGGACUUCUGGCUAUAUUGUGUUUCAUUUUUGCUUUUCUGGCUCGAAAGCUGCCUGAUAAUUUCAAUGAAGCCAAAUUCAUCACCUUCAGCAUGCUGAUAUUCUGUGCAGUCUGGAUCACCUUCAUCCCAGCGUAUGUCAGCUCUCCUGGGAAGUUCAGUGUUGCUGUGGAGAUAUUUGCUAUUCUGGCCUCCAGUUUUGGACUGCUGAUUUGCAUCUUUAUCCCUAAAUGUUAUAUUAUCUUAUUGAAACCAGAGAAGAAUACAAAAAAGAAUAUGAUGGGUAAGGGGUCACUCAAAUCAAUCUGA